AGUUUCAGAGGAAUCGCUAGCAGCUUGGGUGAGAGCUGACAUGAGGGCUUGGUAGUCAACAGCUUCUCGGCUCAGAUUAAUUCAUCGCUAGUCGCUGGAAAGUUGCAGCUACCUUCUGUAUUUCUCGCUGACUCGCUCUCUCUGUCUCUGGCCCCUCAGUCUCUCCUCAUUUACAUAAACACUGGAGAAACAGGAAAAAAUGUCGGAAGGACAGGCUACAGCCCAAUCAGUGAGUACCCCGCCACGGUCCCCGGCACAGUCACCAGCAGCAGCCACCAAGGGUAGUGGUCGCGUGCCACCACCGACUCCAGAAAAGCCGGAUAAAGCCAAAUUGUUACAGAGGUCAAGUUUCCGCAGAGAGGCUGAUUUGAACAACAGCAUCGAGAAGGCAAAGUACGAAAACAGAAAUAGUCCCAGUCGUUCAACUGUGACUUCAGGAGCGGAUAAAAAUUCGUUUUCGAACGGGGAACGUUCACCAUCUCCAGGAUCCAAUGUGACACGUUACAUUUCGUACUCGGAACGUAGUGGCGUGAAUAGUCCUGAUCGCGAGAGUUCUUCAUCAGACCUCUCAAACAAGGAUUUACAGAGCAUCAAACCUGGAAUACUCAGUGCUAAGAGAGAAGCGUUUUUCAAAAUGGAACCUCCGGCGCCAAAGUUUGACCCAAGCGCCCGGUCAGGACUGACCUCAGACAGGGAGCGUGAACGGCCUCACAUUCGCGAGCGGGAACCCAUCGACCAUGAUCGUUACAUGGAGAAGAAUCACCGUGACAACCAUAAGGAACUGGAGGGAUACGUCGGCUUUGCGAAUUUACCUAACCAAGUUUACCGCAAGAGCGUGAAGCGAGGCUUUGAGUUUACUCUGAUGGUUGUAGGUGAAUCUGGUUUAGGGAAAUCUACGCUGAUCAACUCUUUGUUCCUCACAGAUCUGUACAGUGCUGAAUAUCCCGGCCCUUCACAUAGGAUACAGAAAACUGUCAAGGUGGACACAACACAAGUUUCGUUGAAGGAGAAUGGUGUACAUCUGAAGCUGACUAUAGUGGACACGCCUGGUUUUGGGGACGCUGUGGACAACAGUAAUUGCUGGCAGCCUAUUACAGACUUUAUUGACAGCAAAUAUGAAGAGUAUUUGACAGCUGAAUCUCGUGUGAAUCGUGUUACAAUCGUGGAUAGCCGAGUUCACACCUGUCUGUAUUUUAUUGCCCCCACAGGCCAUGGGUUAAAACCCCUGGACGUGGAGUUCAUGAAGCGCUUACAUGACAAGGUCAACAUUAUCCCGCUCAUCGCUAAAUCCGACACCAUGACACCAGACGAAUGUAGAGAAUUCAAGAAAACUAUAUUAAAUGAGAUUGCGCAGCACAAAAUUAAAAUUUAUGAAUUCCCAGAUUGUGAUGAUGAAGAUGAAAACAAACAUCAGAAGAAACUUAAGGAUAGAGUACCAUUUGCAGUGGUGGGCAGCAAUACAAUUGUAGACAGUGGUGGCAAGCGGGUGCGAGGUAGACAAUACCCCUGGGGGGUAGUGGAAGUGGAAAAUUUGGAACAUAAUGACUUCAUAGCUUUGAGGAACAUGUUAAUAAGAACCCACAUGCAGGAUUUGAAAGAUGUGACAAACAAUGUUCAUUACGAGAAUUACCGCUACAGUAAACUGGCACCUGUCAAUGUGGAAGGCAAAGUCAAGGCUGGCUCCCUCUCCAAAGAUCCUCUAACACAGAUGCAAGAAGAGAAGAAAGAACACGAGGCUAAAAUGAAGAAGAUGGAAGCUGAAAUGGAACAAGUGUUUGAAAUGAAAGUGAAAGAGAAGAAACAGAAGCUGAAGGAUUCCGAGAUAGAUUUGCAGAGACGAGCUGAGCAAAUGAAGAAGAGUCUUGAACAGCAGAAGAAAGAGCUGGACGAGAAGUGGAAGGCAUUCGAGAAGGAGAAACAUACGUGGGAGGACACACAGGAGACAGAGAAACAGAGGUCCUUAGAUGACAAGAAGAACAAAAAGAAAUCAAUAUUUUAACUGCAUCACCCUGAAGAACAAAGACGUAGGACAACAGUACGCAAGGAGAAAGUGCGCUCCCAUUCAAAAGUGGAGAUAAUUGUCAGAAUUUUACUACUGAAGGACCAAUGUGUAACUUGUGACUUUAAAUGACAUGGUGCUGAGUGAGAGGAAGCUACUGCAGAGUUCUGUGACCCCCACCAUAACUUCUGGAUUUCCAUUACAAUUUUUUGGUUGUGGCUCUUCCAGUCUGUCUGAUCCACCAACGGCCGACUCCCGCAGUUUUGUCCUGGUGGGGCUAUCACUGCCAAAUGUUGGGUUUGAACUCCUAAUCGCUAGAUCAUAUUUGAGAAUGAGAAGAACAAAGAAGUGCAAUUUCUGAUCAGUCGGUGUUCAGACAGGCUGUUGAUCAGAUCACAAACAAAGGAGUUUCACAUUGUCAUUGUAUCAUUUUAUACCACUUAAAAAUGGUUCAUUUCGACUUCCAUUGAUUUACGUUGAGAAGUUUUCUAAUCUCGUCUUUUUUGUCAUUAUUUCAUACAUUAUGUAGUGAGGUGAACCCGAUGUUCUUCUCUAUGUGGCUUGCUGCUCAUAGCUUACUUAGCUAUCUUCUGUGCUUGAAAACAGCAUGUCAUGUCAUGAAUGUAUCACUUUAAUGCAUGUAAAUACACUUAGCUAAACAAUCAAUAUUUUUCUGUCCGUUCUAAAUAUUACUGCUAUCAAGUCGUGAAAAAGGUUGGGCCAACUCUCAUGUUAAUGGUUUGCCUGUCACUUCUAACAGAUGGCCUUCAUGAUCCCUAAAAGAACUGGCAAGCUAAUCAGCAUGUUAUAGAGGACUUAGAGAAAAUAUCAGUUUGUGAACUGUUUGCUGUUCAGGUCUUCAACUGUUGUGAACUUUGAGCUACAACAUAAAUGAUUGCUGUUCAGUGAUUGUUGUUAAUUGAUUGUUUUUUGUGCAACUAUGAACUGCUGUGACACGGAUUGAGCUGGUGCUGCCUGUACAAUGUAUUUGAAAAGGCGUUGACUCGCCGAUGACACGCCUGAUUUCUAACCAACUCUACAGAACUCAAUUAUGUGGAUGAAUACGUCACUCGGCUGGGCCUGGUUUCUCGAAACUUCGUAAAUUUUUUUGCUUAAAAAGUCUAUGCCCUAGAAUUUUGUCAAAAGAAAUGAAUCAGCACAAAUUCAUUACAGUUAAUGCCAUUAUUUUAGAAAAGCCCAAAUAACUACCUUUCACAAAUAUGAGCUCGUCUGUGCACAUACAGUGUAUUAUUGUUAAAAAAAAUAAAGUUCCUUAAUUUUAAAAGCUGGCUCACAUAAGUUUUUCAAACUUUAUAACACUAUAAAUAGUACAGACACGAAUGUGAUAUUUGCGGGCUAUUGUAAGUAAAUACUGAAAAUUUAAUUUGAUUAACAAAUAUUGAUUUUUUCCCAAGAAUCUCUAGUGUAGAAAGUUUAAGCAGAAGUGUUUUGCUUUAAUAGCUAAGCUAUUCGAGUUCUAUGUAGUGUUCGAAGUUUUAUUUUCGAGGAAUUCUUGGAUGUCGAGAGCCAAAAAAACUACCAGCUUUUAUCAGCAGUUAAUAGAAGUUUGGAAGUUUAAUGAAAACAGGCCCAGAUAUGUACUAUGUGUACUGGCCUAUACCCGUGCUAUUUACGCUCACAUUCAGCCCUCAUUUCCCAGAUGGCUGCUGAUUGUAAUAUUGUAGCUGUUGUGGUAGUGUAGCCAGGUCAUCAUCUUCACUGAUGAUCUGUUUAAUAGAUAACGUUAAUUUAUUCAUGGCCCUUUGUCUAAUUGUGAUGUACAUUUGUCUGCGUAGAUAGUGAUAAGCGCUCAGCAUUGGAUGUUGAGUUAUCGUCAGUGAGGAAAAUACAGGUAACUGAAACUAGGGGAUAUGCUCGCUUAAAAUCACAAAGGUGAGAAAAUUGUCAACUAAUGAGUUAUAUCUCUGUCCUCAUGCUUUUAUUAUUGUUUUUCAACUUGUAAUUUUUACCUUUACAUUGUUAGUGUCUUUGUUAUUACAUUUUUUUAUUGAUAUGUUGUAUGCUGAAAUACUCUGCAGUGUCAUGAGAUAGCAGUACUGAUACUUUAAAGUCUCACUGAUGUUCCCAUGUAGAAAAUAAU